AUGUCGCCGAAGAGACCGACUGGGCCUUCUCUCACUCGUGUUCGGGUUCCUCAGCCUCUGGAGCUCGUGUCUACGCACAACGCUACCUUUGCGGUGGCCUUCAAGGUCCAUCGUAAAGCCGGAGUUAGCGUGCGCGAUGUCCUUAGCGGCAAGGCGACGGUGGAUGGGCACAACGAGCGUGUAUUCGAGCAGACGGGUGUCCGCCAGUUCCGGCUCGUCAUCGAUUGGCCUGGAUACGACCAAGCUGGAGCGUACGUCUCUGUGCGGGAGGACGGCGCGUUCAUCACUCGGGGCGAACUCGCUAAGCGCGUUUGCAAAAGCAUCCAGAAGUUCAUGCAGAAAAAGGCUGGCGACGAAUGGACCAUCGCACGCGACCGUGGGCAGCGCGGCAUUACCAUAGAUAAGCUAUGGUUGGUGCGCGUGCUCCCCACCGCCCGAAACAUGUGGAUGGCCGAACUGGAAGUGCAGAUGUGA